AUGGGUUGGUGCGCGGGAGACGUGGGAGAGGGGCAGGCGCGGGUGAGAGGGGGGAGUGCGAGAGAGAGCGCAGCCAUGGGGAGAGCAGGAAAGUGGCGCCUUGACACAGUAGCUCUUGUGAGUGUACUUUCCUGUGAAGAUACAUGGAGUCUAUAUAGACAGACUGAUGAUGAUGGGCUGUUGUUCAUUGCAGCCACAGAGGCUAGUUGUCCGAGACUGCCGUCCUCCUCAGCAGUCACCAUGCCUCUUGUGUCUCUCGGCUCUGAGCUGCCUCAGCUGUUACUGGACGUUCGCACUGCUCACCACCUGGAGUGGAAGUCUGUAGCCAUCAUCUGUGACCACACCAUGGAUGGGGAACUCAUUAAAUCAAUGGUGGAUGCUUUUACAACUGAAACCAUAGACACUAAGUUCAAGUCAUUGUUGGUAAUGGUAUAUAGAAUAGCUCCAGCUGAAACAGAAUGGGAAAGAAGAAAAAAUGUUGUGGACCUACUUAGCACAGUUCCAAAAAUAGAAGAAAAUUCGAAUUUCCUGGUGGCAUUGAACUUUGAUCUGAUUGGUGUUAUAUUAGAUGUUAUCAAACAACUGAAUUUAAUGAAACCAACGUGUCAGUGGUUAUUUGUGAUUCCUCACAAGAUCUCUACCAACCACUUGCAUGAGUUUGCCGGACAUCUUCAGGAGGGUGGGAAUGUUGCAUUUCUGUACAACAGUUCAACAUCUCACCGCAGAUGCCAAAAUGGCCUCGCUUGUCACUUGGAGGGUCUGAUGCAGAGUUUGGUCAUGGGACUGGACAUUGGGACUCAGGCUGAGCUUGACAAGUCCAAGAAGGUGUCAGAGGAGGAGUGGGAACAGAUCAAACCAACCCGCACAGAGCGCAAGAACAGCCUGUUGCAGUUCAUUCUGAAGCGUUCCAAGACGGAGGUGAUCUGUGACAACUGUACUGUGUGGAGAGCUCUGACUGCUGAGUUGUGGGGUCAAGAGUUCCUCAAUUCGUCCCCACCUGACCAUCUACUGGACAUUGGCUACUGGAACCCCCGGGAAGGCUGUGCUCUCACUGACCUUCUUUUUAAGCGUUCCAAGACGGAGGUGAUCUGUGACAACUGUACUGUGUGGAGAGCUCUGACUGCUGAGUUGUGGGGUCAAGAGUUCCUCAAUUCGUCCCCACCUGACCAUCUACUGGACAUUGGCUACUGGAACCCUCGGGAAGGCUGUGCUCUCACUGACCAUCUGUUUGUAGAAGCGUUCCAAGACGGAGAGUUGUGGGGUCAAGAGUUCCUCAAUUCGUCCCCACCUGACCAUCUACUGGACAUUGGCUACUGGAACCCUCGGGAAGGCUGUGCUCUCACUGACCAUCUGUUUGUAGAAGCGUUCCAAGACGGAGAGUUGUGGGGUCAAGAGUUCCUCAAUUCGUCCCCACCUGACCAUCUACUGGACAUUGGCUACUGGAACCCUCGGGAAGGCUGUGCUCUCACUGACCUUCUGUUUGUAGAAGCGUUCCAAGACGGAGAGUUGUGGGGUCAAGAGUUCCUCAAUUCGUCCCCACCUGACCAUCUACUGGACAUUGGCUACUGGAACCCUCGGGAAGGCUGUGCUCUCACUGACCAUCUGUUUGUAGAAGCGUUCCAAGACGGAGCUCUGACUGCUGAGUUGUGGGGUCAAGAGUUCCUCAAUUCGUCCCCACCUGACCAUCUACUGGACAUUGGCUACUGGAACCCCCGGGAAGGCUGUGCUCUCACUGACCAUCUGUUUGUAGAAGCGUUCCAAGACGGAGCUCUGACUGCUGAGUUGUGGGGUCAAGAGUUCCUCAAUUCGUCCCCACCUGACCAUCUACUGGACAUUGGCUACUGGAACCCUCGGGAAGGCUGUGCUCUCACUGACCAUCUGUUUGUAGAAGCGUUCCAAGACGGAGAGUUGUGGGGUCAAGAGUUCCUCAAUUCGUCCCCACCUGACCAUCUACUGGACAUUGGCUACUGGAACCCUCGGGAAGGCUGUGCUCUCACUGACCAUCUGUUUGUAGAAGCGUUCCAAGACGGAGCUCUGACUGCUGAGUUGUGGGGUCAAGAGUUCCUCAAUUCGUCCCCACCUGACCAUCUACUGGACAUUGGCUACUGGAACCCCCGGGAAGGCUGUGCUCUCACUGACCAUCUGUUUAAGCGUUCCAAGACGGAGGUGAUCUGUGACAACUGUACUGUGUGGAGAGCUCUGACUGCUGAGUUGUGGGGUCAAGAGUUCCUCAAUUCGUCCCCACCUGACCAUCUACUGGACAUUGGCUACUGGAACCCUCGGGAAGGCUGUGCUCUCACUGACCAUCUGUUUGUAGAAGCGUUCCAAGACGGAGAGUUGUGGGGUCAAGAGUUCCUCAAUUCGUCCCCACCUGACCAUCUACUGGACAUUGGCUACUGGAACCCUCGGGAAGGCUGUGCUCUCACUGACCUUCUGUUUGUAGAAGCGUUCCAAGACGGAGAGUUGUGGGGUCAAGAGUUCCUCAAUUCGUCCCCACCUGACCAUCUACUGGACAUUGGCUACUGGAACCCUCGGGAAGGCUGUGCUCUCACUGACCAUCUGUUUGUAGAAGCGUUCCAAGACGGAGCUCUGACUGCUGAGUUGUGGGGUCAAGAGUUCCUCAAUUCGUCCCCACCUGACCAUCUACUGGACAUUGGCUACUGGAACCCCCGGGAAGGCUGUGCUCUCACUGACCAUCUGUUUGUAGAAGCGUUCCAAGACGGAGCUCUGACUGCUGAGUUGUGGGGUCAAGAGUUCCUCAAUUCGUCCCCACCUGACCAUCUACUGGACAUUGGCUACUGGAACCCUCGGGAAGGCUGUGCUCUCACUGACCAUCUGUUUGUAGAAGCGUUCCAAGACGGAGAGUUGUGGGGUCAAGAGUUCCUCAAUUCGUCCCCACCUGACCAUCUACUGGACAUUGGCUACUGGAACCCUCGGGAAGGCUGUGCUCUCACUGACCAUCUGUUUGUAGAAGCGUUCCAAGACGGAGCUCUGACUGCUGAGUUGUGGGGUCAAGAGUUCCUCAAUUCGUCCCCACCUGACCAUCUACUGGACAUUGGCUACUGGAACCCCCGGGAAGGCUGUGCUCUCACUGACCAUCUGUUUGUAGAAGCGUUCCAAGACGGAGCUCUGACUGCUGAGUUGUGGGGUCAAGAGUUCCUCAAUUCGUCCCCACCUGACCAUCUACUGGACAUUGGCUACUGGAACCCUCGGGAAGGCUGUGCUCUCACUGACCAUCUGUUUGUAGAAGCGUUCCAAGACGGAGCUCUGACUGCUGAGUUGUGGGGUCAAGAGUUCCUCAAUUCGUCCCCACCUGACCAUCUACUGGACAUUGGCUACUGGAACCCUCGGGAAGGCUGUGCUCUCACUGACCAUCUGUUCCCUCAUGCAAAGUACGGCUUUCGAAAGAUGAGCUUACCUGUUGCCUCUUUUAAUUAUCCACCAUGGCAGAUAAUACAAUACAACCAAAGUGGACAUCCAACUGAAUACAAAGGAGUUGUGUUUGAAAUGCUCAAUUUGAUUUCCAAAAAGUACAAUUUUUCGUAUUAUGUAAUAAAUCCUUGGAACAACAGUGGUCCUCCUGAUCACAAAUACGGUGGAAAUUUUUCAUCUCAAGAGAAAUUUGAUCACAAAGAAGAUUCUGCGGCCAUGAUUGAAAUCCAAGAUGUGAUAUUAAGCUUUGUUAAACAGAAAAAGAUUUUCCUUGGGGCAUGUGCUUUAACGAUCACAGAAAACAAGGCAAGCUAUGUUAACUUUACAGACCCUGUGAGCAUCGAAACAUAUGUAUUUUUAGUAUCAAGACCAAAAGAAUUGAGCCGAGCCUUACUUUUUAUUCUUCCAUUUACUUCAGAUGCAUGGCUGUGCAUAGUGAGUUCAAUUGGUCUGAUGGCGCCCAUUCUUCACCUAGUCCAUAGGCUGAGUCCCUAUUAUGAUUACUUUGGUAUAUCUAAAGUCAGUGGGCUGGGGAGGAUUACUAACUGCUUUUGGUAUGUCUACGGAGCACUUCUUCAGCAAGGUGGUGCUCACCUCCCAUUGGCUGACAGCGGUCGCCUCAUCAUCGGCACGUGGUGGAUCGUGGUACUAGUUGUUGUCACAACCUACUGUGGCAAUCUAGUGGCCUUCUUGACUUUCCCAAAAAUGGACAAACUAAUCACCAAUGUUCAUGAUUUGUUGCUCCGCAAAGAUUUUCUGACAUGGGGUAUUCCAGAUCUUUCUUAUAUCAAAUCUCAGCUGAUGACAGCUGAGGAUCCCUUGCUUCAAGAAGUGUAUAACAGAGCUAAGAUCCAUCAAAGCAUGACCCCAGAAGUGAUCGAAGCUGUUCGCAGUGGUCGUCAUGCUUACAUUCAAAGCAAAACUAGGCUCUUGUACCUCAUGAAGAACCAGUUCUUGACAACCAACACAUGUGAUUUUUCAUUAGGAAAUGAAGAAUUUAUGCAAGAAAAGCUUGGAAUGGUUAUGUCUAGAGACAAUCCUUAUUUAGAACUUUUCAAUAAAGAGAUAGGCAAGAUGCACCGCCUGGGGUUGGUACGCAAGUGGAUGGUAGACUAUCUACCUUCCCGAGACAGAUGUUGGGGCAACUUGUACGCCUCAGAGGUCAACAACCACACAGUCAACCUGGACGAUAUGCAGGGCUCUUUCUUCUUGUUGUUACUUGGUAUUUUUCUGUCAUUUAUCACCAUAGUACUGGAAAUAUUCAUUAAGAAAAGAAUACAAUCCAAGGAACAACGAAUUAUUCAGCCAUUCGUUCAGUAACGUUUUGUACCUGUGGAAUGCUGUUGAAUGAGGACAAUAAAACUUUUUUAGC